AUGGUGGAGAGCAUUCUCUCUACAGAGAUGACGUCUGUGACCACAGCUGCCCAGAUGCUGCUGGACCAGAUGUAUUAUCUAGAGGAAGUGGGCUGGUUUCAGGCCUUUCUGGACAUCCUGCUCGCCUCAGAGUACACCGGACUGCACGAAGCCAUUAAAGAGUGGAACUUCCAGGAGUUAGAGGAGCUGAACGAUCACAGGAGAUUUCUCGAGAGGAUCGAACCGUCAAUCACCAAGCACAUGAAGCCCAGUGAGCUGCUCGCGCACAUGAGCGGCUGUCUGAAGCCCAGAGAGUGUGAGGAGAUCCGGGCGGAGGAGAGUCAGCGCGGCCAUAUAGCAGCCAGUGAAAAGCUUGUGACGAGUCUCCUGCGCUCAGACAAACCCAACUGGUUUAAACUGCUGAAGAUUGCACUGGAGAACUGUGACUUAGACGAGGCUCUAAACAUGCUGGAGACAAAUGGAGAAGCUACGGCCGCGAAGGCCAGCAACUGGGACGGAGAGCCGGAAGCCAUGAUGACGACCGUGUCUUUCGAGUUCAGAGAGGAGCCCGAGCCUGAAGACAUGCUGAUGAGCAGCAACAACACGAGCGUCACAGAGGAACCUGGCGGGUUCACAGGGAAACCUGAGCGAUCAGGUGAGCGGAAGCUGAGAGAAUAUCAGAAGGAGCUGACCGCCGCUGCCGUCAAGGGCCAGAACACCGUCAUCUGCGCUCCGACAGGAUGUGGAAAAACUAUUGUGGCCUUGGCCAUCAGUGAUUAUCACCUGAAGCAGUUUCCCGAAAGAGCAAAGAUCGUGUUUUUGGCAACCAAGGUCGAUGUCUAUGAACAGCAGUACAAACUUUUCAAGGAGCACUUUUUCAGCAAGGAUCCCAACAUCAGGGUGACGGGGAUGUGCGGUGAUAUGGAUUAUCUGUCGUUGCGCUGGCUCAUAGAGAAUCAUGAUAUUGUGGUGAUGACGGCUCAGAUCCUGGUGAACGCGCUGCAGAGCGCUGAGGUGCCGUCUCUGGAGAUCCUGUCACUCAUCCUGUUCGACGAGUGUCACAACACGACCGGAAAACACCCCUACAACAACAUCAUGACCCGCUACCUGGACACCAAGCUCAACAGCAGCACACACUCACUGCCACAGAUUGUGGGCCUGACCGCGUCGGUCGGCAUCGGUUCAUUCAAGAACGAACUGGAGGCGGAGAACAACAUCUUACAGCUCUGUGCCAACCUGGACACCAGGGUCAUCACCACGGUUACCGAACACAAGGAUGAGCUCAAGUCAUACGUGCACACGCCUGCGAAAGCUUUUUUUGAGGUUAAACAGUGCACGAGUCACCCCUUCAUCAGAAUAAUCAAAAACAUCAUGAGUAACAUCGAGCAGCUGGCGCAGAAGACCUACAACAUCGAGAGCCUGUCGAACAUCCAGAACUGCGAGCACGGCUCACAGAAAUAUGAGCAGUGGAUCGUCUCCGUUCAGAAGAGCUGCAAAGUCUUACAGAUGAAGAACGCAGACGAGGAGAGACGCAUCUGCAGAGAACUCUACAACUACACCGAACACCUGCGGAUUGUGGGCCUGACCGCGUCGGUCGGCAUCGGUUCAUUCAAGAACGAACUGGAGGCGGAGAACAACAUCUUACAGCUCUGUGCCAACCUGGACACCAGGGUCAUCACCACGGUUACCGAACACAAGGAUGAGCUCAAGUCAUACGUGCACACGCCUGCGAAAGCUUUUUUUGAGGUUAAACAGUGCACGAGUCACCCCUUCAUCAGAAUAAUCAAAAACAUCAUGAGUAACAUCGAGCAGCUGGCGCAGAAGACCUACAACAUCGAGAGCCUGUCGAACAUCCAGAACUGCGAGCACGGCUCACAGAAAUAUGAGCAGUGGAUCGUCUCCGUUCAGAAGAGCUGCAAAGUCUUACAGAUGAAGAACGCAGACGAGGAGAGACGCAUCUGCAGAGAACUCUACAACUACACCGAACACCUGCGGCUCUUAAAGGUUUUCAGACGUGAUGUGCGUUUGUGUUGUUGUGCUGCAGGAAUGACUCCGAACAAUCAGAAGGGGAUUCUGGACUCUUUUAAGAGCUCCGAUCAGAGCAAGAUGCUCAUCGCCACAUCGGUCGCUGAUGAAGGCAUCGAUAUCCCACAGUGCAACUUGGUUCUGAUGUAUGAAUAUGUGGGAAACGUGGUAAAGAUGGUGCAAGUUCGAGGUCGUGGUCGGAUGGAGGGCAGCCGGUGUUUCCUGAUCUCCAGUAAUAAGGAUCGCAUUGCGAAGGAGAAAAUAAACAUGUUUAAGGAGAAGAUGGUGGAGGAGGCCAUCGAGCAGCUGCAGAGUCGGCCCGCCGACCUCAGCAACAAGGUGGACAUGUUGCAGAGGGAAGAUAAAGCCCGGAGGGAUCACAUCAGCGCCAGUCCCGAAAAACCCAAAACCCAGGGCAGUUACGAGCUCCUCUGCAGCAAGUGCAAGAGGUUUGCAUGCAUGAGCGACGACAUCAGAGUCGUGCUG